AUGCUGGUCUCUGGCUGCCUGCUGGUUCGUCUGGCCAUCCUUCUCAGUGUCCUCCUGGUGCAGUCCUGCGAAGGCCAGUCUUGGGAAGCUUUUCAAAACAAGCACAUUGAUUAUCCCCAGACCCGAGCCUCCAACCCCAGUGCCUACUGCAACCUCAUGAUGGUGAAGAGGAAUAUGAACCCAAGUAGAUGCAAACCGAGGAAUACUUUCAUCAACUAUGACAAGGAGUCUGUCCUACAGGUCUGCGGCAAUGGUGGGACGCGUUGGCAAGAUAAUUUCUAUGACAUUAACGAGAACUUCCCCAUGAUUGACUGCAGCUACACCGAUGGUAAACCUCCUAAGGACUGCAAAUACAAAGGCACAGACACCUCCAAACGCGUUCGUGUGACCUGCGAAAACAAGAAGCCCGUUCACCUGGAGAAGGUGCUGUGA